UACUUGGUACGCUCUAUAACUUUUCAUUCUCAUCUUUUUCCAAUCUCUCAUCUUUUAAUCUUAGCAUGAAUGCAUUCCAUGGUUUCAUCCCUCCUGAACUCAAUCAUCUCUCCAACCUCAUCCACCUUGAUUUGUCGAGGAAUCAGUUUUCAGGGCAGAUCCCACCUACACUUGCCCAGCUAACUCAUCUGGAGACUCUUGUGCUCAAUGAUAAUCAACUAAACGGCUCAAUUCCUCCAGAAAUAGGUCAGCUAAAGUCCCUCAAUUGGCUUGACCUGUUGAACAACUUUCUAGGUGGAGCCAUUCCAACUUCUUUGGGUAAUAUGAGUCAGUUGAUUAGUUUGAAUCUCCACAAUAAUUCACUAUCCGGUUCCAUCCCACCAGAACUUGGUCAGCUCCCCAAGCUUGUCUUCCUUAAGUUGUCAAUCAAUAGACUUUCAGGGUUAAUUCCACCUACAAUUUGGUUGUUGAGUACUCUUAAGGGCCUUCACUUACAUCACAAUCGAUUGUCAGGGCAAAUCCCACCUACACUUGUCCAGCUAACUCAUCUUGAGGCUCUUGCGCUCAAUGAUAAUCAACUAGAUGGCUCAAUUCCUCAAGAGAUAGGUCAUGAGCUAAAGUCCCUCAUUGAGCUUCACCUCCACAAUAACUUUCUAGUUGGACCCAUUCCAAAUUCUUUGGGUAGCAUGAGUAACUUGACUAACUUGAAUCUUUUCAAUAAUUCACUAUCCGGUUCAAUUCCACCAGAACUUGGCGAGCUCUCCAAGCUUUUCUUCCUUCAAUUGUAUCAAAAUCAGCUAAACGGUUCGAUUCCUCGGGAAAUAGGAAAUCUGAGCUCUGUUUAUUAUCUAGAUCUGAGCAAUAAUCAACUCAGUGGUCAAAUUCCAACAUCAUUUGAUGGUCUAAAAAGUAUCGGUUAUCUUUACCUGUACGGUAACAAUCUAUCUGGCAGCAUACCUAAAGAGAUUGGAAACUUGACGGCUCUUGUUCACUUGCAGUUGAGUAGUAAUCAACUUAGUGGUUCACUUCCAGCUUCUCUUGGAAAGUUGAGCAGGUUAGACAAUUUGCAGCUCAGUCAAAAUUUAUUUUCUGGGUCCAUUCCUAUAGAAAUAGGUAACUUGACGAAGUUGACAUUUCUUAAUUUGUUUGACAAUCUGCUCUCUGGUCAGUUACCGGAAAUUAUUUGUAGCGGUAGAUCACUCCAGCGUUUUGGCAUAAGCAACAACCACUUGGUAGGCUCAGUACCCAAAGACAUUAAAAACUGCACAAGCUUGACUAGAGUCCGUCUUAAUGACAACCAACUAGAAGGAAAUAUAGAUGCUGACUUUGGAGUCUAUCCAAACUUGAUCUUUAUUGAUAUGAGUCGCAAUCGAUUUUCUGGAGAAAUCUCACCUAAAUGGGGUCUAUGCUCACAACUAGCCACUCUAUGGAUUACUGGGAAUAACAUUAGUGGUAAGAUACCUCCAGAGAUUGGAAAUUCGACACAGCUACAUGAUCUUGAUUUUUCUAUGAAACAUAUGGUCGGGGAGAUUCCGAUAGAGUUGGGAAAGUUGACUAAUUUGUUGAAUCUGAGGUUGAAUGGAAAUCAUCUUUCUGGUCGUAUUCCUCCUGAGCUCGAAUCACUUACCGAUCUCCAAGUUCUUGACUUAUCAAGGAACAUAUUGAGCUUUAUGCCAGAUAGCAUUGGAGCUUUGUCGAAUCUUCAUUACUUGAAUUUGAGCUGCAACAAAUUCAGCCAAAGAAUUCCAAUUCAAAUUUCUAAAAUAAUUCACCUUUCUCAACUUGAUUUGAGUCAUAACAUGCUUAUCGGAGAAAUACCAUCACUAUUCACCAAGUUGGAAGACCUGGUGACCCUAAAUCUUUCCUUCAAUAAUCUUUCGGGUCCUAUUCCAAACACCAAAGUAUUUCAAGGUGUUCCGACGGAAGCAUUCCAAGGAAACAAAGGAUUGUGUGGCAAUGCGAGUGAAUUGCAACCAUGCCAGCUGCCACACAAGGAAGAUAAACAUGGUUCAAAGAAGAGCUAUAAGAUUGUGUUUAUAGUUGUGUUUCCUCUCUUGGGAGCACUUGCUAUAUCCUUUGUGAUAAUUAUUGCGUUUUGUAAUUUCCAAAGACGAAGGAAGGGCGACCCUGAGAACAACAAGCAAUCACUUACAUUAUCUAUUCUUGAUAGCGUAGUGAAAUUUGAAGACAUCUUGGAAGCAACCAACAACUUUGAUGUCAUGUAUUGCAUUGGGGAAGGAGUUCAUGGAAUUGUCUAUAAAGCUGACCUUCCAUCAGGUGAUAUUGCAGCUGUCAAGAGAUUCCACUGUUUACUUGACAGUAGCAAUUCAGCAUAUCAAAAAGAGUUUUUCAAUGAGGUCAAGGCCUUAACAGUGAUAAAGCAUCGAAAUAUUGUGAAACUCUAUGGCUUCUGCAUACAUUCAAAAUACACAUUCUUAGUCUAUGAUUAUCUUCAGAGAGGUAGCCUGGCGAAAACUCUAAGCAAUGAUGAGGAAGCGAAAGAAUUGGAUUGGUAUAGGAGGAUGAAUGUCAUCAAAGGUGUCUCGCAUGCCUUGUCUUACAUGCACCAUGAUUUGUCAUUGCCAAUCAUUCAUCGAGACAUUUCGAGCAAAAAUAUUUUGCUAGACCUGGAAUACGAAGCUCAUGUUUCCGACUUUGGCACCGCUAAGCUUCUCAAGCAGGACUCAUCUAAUUGGUCAAAACUAGCUGGAACAUAUGGAUACAUCGCACCAGAGCUUGCUUAUACAAUGAAAGUGACUGAAAAAUGUGACGUAUAUAGCUUUGGAGUGUUGACACUAGAAAUUCUCAAAGGGAGUCAUCCAGGCGAUAUCAUGUCAAGUGCAUCAUCUUCAUCUUCUGCCACUCUACAAGUUAAACUUAAUGAUUUGUUAGACCAGCGCCUUUCACCUCCACGGUACAAGGUUCUUGAUAAACUGAACCGCAUCUUAGAGGUGGCCAUUUUAUGCAUAGAUGUGAAUCCACAACGUAGGCCGACGAUGCAACUCGUUUCUAAGUUACUAUCCAACUGAAUAUUUGAAGGUCAUCAUGGCUUGUGAAAGGUUUGUCUUCUGAAAAUUGUACUCAAGUCUUGUGCAGUUUAAGGAAGCAAAAUUAUGAGAUAACAUGUAAUAAUAUCUCCAUCUCCAAAUUAAUGAUGCUGGGGACUAUAAUAGUGUAUGAUCAAUGAGUAAUGAGUGAAUAAAUUUGUACUUUGACAUGUGAUCUAUAAUUAAAAACAAAAUAAUUGUAACUCCAUCAAUCAAUGUUUAAGUGAACGUAAAAGUCGCUAUUAGCCUGU